UUUCCCGAGUGCGGUUUCCCGUAGUGUGGUGAUUGUAUGAAAGGCGGUAUUGACGUGUGUGCGCCGUGCGGUUCGCCGACGUUUUUGUACCAGGAAAAGGUUUGAGGUGAAAGGGUUGUUCUAUUGGGAUUUAAUUACCUAAUGCGUUUUGUAAAGGUCGAUAAGGAGUUUGCAGUAUCAGUUAAUUGACAAAGAACCUUGAAAGGAUUUUUCAAAACAUAACCCACAAUCCUCAAUGGAUCAACCCAUAAGUGUGUGAACCGUGAGUGAUAUAAACCCAAGUGGCAGAUCGUUUGCGAACUCCAGGACUCGGUAAGGACUCGAAGAUUAACGCCAUCGCUGACUCCGCUGGGCCGGCGCCCCAGGACCUGAGGACCGACUCGAAAAUCCUCGGGUACUCUGGUUGGUGGGGUGCCGCGGACAUGUGCGCCGCCGUACACCAGGGGGCGCCACCAGCGCCACCAGGCCUCCUCUACCAUCUGCACGCGGCGCACGCCCCAGCGCCACCGCACACACCCAACCCAGACGUGCUACUGGCGCUGCUAGCCAGGAACAAGACGUUGGAAGCCAGCAUACCCAAGUGCGGAGGUUGCCACGAGCUGAUCUUGGACAGAUUCAUCCUCAAGGUGCUGGAGAGGACGUGGCACGCGCGGUGUUUGAAGUGCUCAGAGUGCGGAGGCCAGUUGACCGACAAGUGCUUCGCGAGGAACGGCAUGGUAUUCUGCAAGGAGGACUUCUUUAAGAGGUUCGGCACGAAAUGCGCCGGCUGCGAGCUGGGCAUUCCGCCGACGCAGGUUGUGAGGAGAGCGCAGGACUUCGUCUACCACCUUCAAUGUUUCGCCUGCGUCAUGUGCAGCAGACAACUCAACACCGGCGAUGAGUUCUACCUGAUGGAAGACAGAAAACUCGUGUGUAAACCCGACUACGAGGCUGCCAAGACGAAAGACGGCAGUUGUCUGGACGGAGAUCAGCCCAACAAGCGGCCGAGGACGACGAUCACUGCCAAGCAGCUGGAGACACUCAAGAUGGCCUACAACAACAGUCCCAAACCUGCCAGACACGUCAGGGAACAGCUCAGUCAAGACACGGGUCUGGACAUGAGGGUCGUGCAAGUCUGGUUCCAGAACAGGAGAGCGAAAGAGAAGCGGUUAAAGAAGGACGCUGGCAGGACGAGAUGGAGUCAAUACUUCAGGUCCAUGAAGGGCGGAGGGUCACCGAGACACGACCCCAAGGAUGAACUCAAAGUGGAUCUGGACUCGAACUUUAGCCAUUCUCACGAUCUAGAGAGUAAUGACAGUUAUGGCACAUUAGCGCUGGAAGGGGAAGGGGCGAGUCCUCACUCUAGGUAUCUCCAUGGGGACACUUCUACUCCUCCAUACCUCAGCUCUCCAUCCCAUCCCCUACCAUACUCUGGUGAACCCUACCCACCUAUAGGUCCCGGACACCCGCACCCUCCGCCCUCAGAGAUGUCUGACGGAAGCUCCACCCACGGCUACCCAGAUUUCCCCCCAAGCCCUGACUCGUGGUUGGGCGAGGCACCUCAUCGCUACUGAGAUACGGCCCCCAACAUCCAGCCUUUGGCUCCCAGGUUCUUCCCCCCAGGACUGGAUGUUUUCAAGGCUAGAGGACUACCCUCGCCUGUACCCCUACGACCCAUUGGACCUCUGGGGCCUCUAAUACCUCCCACCGAUCUCUCCCUGCCUGGACAGUCCAGCCUGUCUGUCAAAACGGAGAAACAUUGAGAAUGAAAUAGAGUGCUGGAAGAGUUCCCUCUGUAGGGAUGACUUGUGGAAAGAUGCUCAGUAAACCUUUGCUUAACCAUGGGUCAGUUUCCCACAAAUCACAAUGUACUUAAAGGUCUCAGUUUUGAAAAAAAAGUAUUUUGUAGUUUUAGAAUAGUAAUUUAUAUUUCCUGGUAUCUUACAGCGGUACCUUGUUCCAAAAAGCCAAUCUUAACAUUAAAACAAAUUUGACUCAUCUACUGUUUUUUUAAAUCACUAACAUAAAAUGAAUAUGGAUAAGGUAAGGUUUACUGAAUGCAUCCAUGGAACAAUUUAAGUGAUUGAAUUUUUGCGAGUACUUCUCAACAAGGAACUCUUUAUAGGAAGUGCUCAGUUCUAUGAUUGCCAGACACGGUACUCGAUUUGUGAGCACUCUAUUUUGUUCCCUCCAGCGUGUGAUAAACCAAACGGACUAACUAGCAGAUUUAAUUCCUUUGGAUUCUGUGUCUUAUGUAAAUAAACACUGUCGUAUAUGUGUAUAUCAGCUUUAUCUUAUGAUUAGAGUAUUGCCUGUAAAUUUUGGGAAACUUUGUGAGUAGAAUUACUCAGAACAUAACUGUUUGUUUGAUAGUUAUUUCAUCUGAUGACCGUUAUUUCGUUAUCAAGGGUAAUUGACAGAAAUAAUAGUUAUGACUAAAACACAUACAUGACUAAAAGAUAUAUUUUUUGGAAUCUAUAAACAAUUUUCAAACAACACCACUCUGUUGUUUUAACUUUACAGGAGCUGACAUUUAUAGUUUUUUUUUCAAGACCACUAAUGCAUUAUAAAUUAACCUUUGAGAAUUAAUAAAGAAACCUCUGUUAUGAAAAUGGAAAACUUUUGAUCAUCAUGGUGGUCGAGUUUUUAAAUUUGAAAAAAUAACCAAAGAAAUGUGCUUAACUUUAUUUAAAGUAUUUUAAUACAGUAGAGUCCCCCUAAUCUAAACUAAUUGAAACCAACACUUGUUUGCAUAAGCAAAUUAACCUUUCAAUAAGAGAAAAAUGUAAUCAUAUGAUAAAUUUAUCUCUCUGCUGUGUUAAGAAUUAAAAGAAAAGAAUUACAUAAAGUAUUCUAGUAUACUGCAAUUUAAACUGAACUAUAUUUUGUAGUGUAUGUGAUCAAAGGUACAACCAAUAUGAUACUAGGAGUUUUAUUUUUAUAUUUUCUUCUAGUUCAGAAUGAAUUGAUUGGAUUUUAAAAUUACAAUUUACAAGGAAUCAGAUUAAUAUACCAUACUAUAUUUAUGGACAGAAGAAGGCUCACUAGGUAAGUCACAGAAGCUAAGAGAUAGCUGAAAGUAUGAAAUGAAAUAGGUGAUACCCUUCUAUUCUAGUCUCUUUGGUUGUGAUCUUUAAGUAAGCAAAGAAUGUACUUUAGUAAAGUUACAGAAAAUGAUGCUGAAUGUGGUUGAUUUAUUUAUUUGUGUAAGUUUAAAUGAUAAUUUGUUAAAUAGAACUCACGCACAGUAACACACAAACAAAAAUUAAUCUACUUGAUAGUACAGUUUAUACAAGCUCUUUAGAUAUUAGAGUAUUAGGAAGACUUUUAUAAAUGGUAUGAAUUGUUAUUCUUUAGAAUGAAUAGAUGAUUAAGUCAUCUAUACAAAAAUUUUAAAUUAUACACAUUAGUUUCUAAUUCUAAAAGAACUUAACAAUUAUUUAGAUCGUUUAUGAUUUUUGUAUUCAAACUCAUUAUUCUAUUUAAGUUUCGACUGAUUAAUUAAGUAACUUUUAUCAGUAUUUAAGAGGCCAUACCUACAUAUCUAGUCAACAAGUUACCUUCUAUACCAUUAGACAACAUAAUAAAUAAAUCUUAGUUAAUAAACAAUAUCUCAAACAUACUACUAUUAUUUAAGUGGAAAAAUAAGGUCAUAUAGUUAGUUAAAAGUUUAGAACGCCAUUCAUAUAGAUGAUAUGAAGUCAAUUACAUUAUUAUAAACAUUUGCACAUAACUCUUAGUUAAUGUCUUAGCCAAAGUUUAAUUUUCAAUAAAAGGAAUAAAAUAAAAUAAUGAAAAGGAACAAAUCGGGAAGAUUAUUUCUUUUAAUUUAUUUUAAAAAUCAUAACUCAUUUUACAGAAAACAUUCUACAUUUUCAAGAGAUGUGUUCACUGUUCAGGUACAUUAAAAAAAUCAUCACAGACCUUACAAAGGCGAGUUUUACCUUUUUAUUUUUUUUAUAAAUCAUGUUUACUGUUUAGGUACAUUGAAAAAAACAUCACCUAUUGAGAUUAAACAGACUAUUUCAUAACUGUAUUUUGUUAUUGCAUUUAAAGCAACUACUAUGGUAUUUGCUACAGAAAUUGUUUAAAUAUUUUUUAUCAUUUGUUAUGCAAAAUGUAUACAAUGAAGUUUUCUAAUUUAUUAUGAUGCUAUGUACAUGUUAAUGUAAUGGUGUGUGU